AUGUCCGCACCAGGCGGUGGUGCCCCCAGCCCUGCUCCACGCAGUGGCAGCAUUGGUCCCAAUGCCACUAUGCCAGUGCCUCAACAGCAGCCUAUCGCUGCUAACCCGCCGGUAAUCCAUACGCCUACGACUCCAGGCCCGUCGGGGCCUUCUCCUGCUCCUGUUUCGCAGCAGAAUCUGAAUCAGAUUGUCAUCGACUACUUGGCCAAGAAGGGUUACACCAGAACUGAGGCUAUGCUUCGUAUGGAAUCUGCGAGUCAAGACAUUGAUGGCAGAUCUCUACCUCAACUCAACGAAAACCAACGACCAAAGUACAGGAAUGGAUUUGAUCUUCUCAAGAAUUGGAUCGAAGACAAUCUUGACCUUUACAAGCCCGAACUUCGACGAGUGCUCUGGCCUCUAUUCGUUUAUUCAUUCUUAGAUUUGGCGACCGCCUUGUACCCCCAAGACGCAGAACAAUUUUUCAGCGCAAAUAAGAAUCUAUUCCUACCCGAGCAUAGCGAAGACAUUAGGUCACUACAGAAGAUCAGCCUGCCAGAACAUGUCCAGGACAACGCGACCGCAAAGUUAUAUCGAGGAAAUAAAUACCGUAUCAUCCUAAGCAACCCUGCGUUUUCCAACUUGAUGCAGUUUUUGGAAAGCAAGUCAAAAGAAGGAGGAGCUGUAAUGUCCGCAAUACUCAGCAGUUAUUGCAGUAUCGUCACCAAGGAUCGCGCCGCCGAUGAACGCUUCAGCUUUGCUGCAAUGUUAGGCCGUGCUGAUCAAACAAGCACGUUCCCCGCGGAAGAUGAGGGUAUACCUGGUCACCAUCCUGGAUCUGCGUACACUGGCGAUAAUCCUGUUAUGGCCGGUACGCUACCCAAGCUCAGACUUGGAAAGCUACCGCCAGAGCCAGAGUUAGAAAGUGACGUACGUGCCGAGCUGGAGGAACACGAUUUGAAGAAUCCACCUCCUCCAGGCCGCAAUACACUUGUUCAAGAGUAUGAUCAGAUGAUCAAAAAGGAAGAAGAUGAGGAUGCGCCUUCACAUGCUGAAAUUGCGUUUCCUCCAUCAACUGCUCGUGAUGUUGCCAUGGAAGUGCAGCGUGUCAAGGAGAAUCGCGACCGGUUUCGCAUCGAAGGUCGCACUGGAGGUGUCGGUGUUGCAUGUUCUGUCUGUCUUUUUACGUUUCACAAUACUUACGACCGAAUGAUUUGCACUGAUUUCUCCGAUGACAACAUGCUGGUUGCUGCGGGGUUCGAAGAUUCGUACAUUCGCGUUUGGAGUCUUGAUGGGAAAGCUAUUAAAGCUACACACGAAGGUGUAGAAGAGCACACGAGCACGCCGUCCAACUCAAAACGUCUCUUUGGCCAUUCAGGGCCUGUUUACGCCGUCAAAUUUGCUCCAUCAGCACAACGGUCAGAAAGUGAAAUGGCUCCUACGAAUGCUCGAUGGCUUCUUUCGUCCUCUGCAGACAAAACGAUUCGACUCUGGUCACUAGACUUAUGGCAGUGCAUGGUGGUCUACAAGGGACACGAUCAGCCCGUUUGGGAUCUUAGCUGGGGUCCAUUCGGUUAUUACUUUGUAUCUGGUGGACAUGACAAGACUGCGCGACUAUGGGCUACUGAUCGAAUUCGGCAACAGCGAAUCUUUGCAGGACAUGACCAAGACGUUGAUUGUGUCUGUUUCCAUCCAAACUCGGCAUAUGUCUUUACUGGAAGUUCAGAUCGCACAGUUCGCAUGUGGGCGGUGACUACUGGAAACGCCGUACGUAUGUUUACUGGUCAUACUGGCAACAUCACAGCUCUUGCCUGCAGUCGCAACGGCAAGCUGCUUGCAUCGGCAGAUGACCACGGAUCUAUCUUUCUAUGGGAUCUAGCACCUGGCCGUCUAUUGAAGCGUAUGCGCGGACAUGGUAAGGGUGGUAUCUGGUCUUUAGACUGGAGUGUGGAAUCUACUGUUUUAGUCUCUUCAGGCGCAGACAAUACUGUGCGUGUAUGGGAUAUUGCACCACCAGCACCCGAACCAUCAGCCAAUACAGCACGAUUGGCCACUGAGACAGGAACGGGGGCCAAAGUCGAUGCCAAUGCGACUUCCUCUGCUGCCCAGCCAUCUGCUACGGUGGGGCCUGGUGGUAGCAAGAAGAAAGGUAAAGAGAAUGUGGUGACUCCUGACCAGAUCAGUGCUUUUCCCACGAAGAAGAGCCCGGUCUAUAAGGUCAAGUUUACGAAUAUGAACUUGAUUGUUGCUGGAGGUGCUUAUCUUCCGUGA